AUGGUUAAACCGGCAGGAGACGGCGUGCCGCUGCUCUAUACUUCCAUCGUCCUGUUGAGCGUAAGUUGGACCGUUUUCGUUCUACGAGUAGGGGUACGGCUCUGGAGAAAAGCCUUGGGAUUAGAUGACUAUUUGAUGUUCUGUGGUCUGCUGCUGUACUCCGUGACCGCCAGCAUAUGUAUCGUGUGUUCCUUCUUAGGUUCAGGCCAGUUGGCUGCGGCGCUGACACCUGAUAUUAUAAGGAAAGGAACCAAGCUCUUCUUUAUUGCCGAGUUUUUCUACGCCUCAGGCGCAGCAGUCAUCAAAUGCAGCAUCGCCUUCACUCUACUUCGCAUUGCAGCCUCACGACAAUUUUUCACAUGGGCGAUAAUUAGUAUCAUGGUUGCUAGUGGCUUAUCCGCCAUCAUCUUCAUGGUUGGUGUUGCCAAUAUCUGCCACCCGAUCACGACCCUAUGGGGUGAAACUACAAAUGGGACAUGCAAUCCAAAGCUCGACAGUGAUAUCAGUUUCUUUUUCUCUGCUAUCGAGAUUGUGACUGAUUUCGCCCUGGCGAUUUUGCCUGCGAUCUUGUUGUGGGAUAUUCAGAUGAAGAAAACAGUCAAGUUCUCGGUUAUCAUUAUUCUUGGAAUGGCAGCUUUUGCCAGUUGCGCAACAAUCGUCCGACUCCGCUAUCUAAGUCUCUACAGCAACCCGGCCGAAUUCAUGUUCAGCACGGGCGCCAUCGGUCUCUGGUCCAUCAUAGAAGAAGGAAUUGGUAUUAUAGCAGGCUCACUUCCAGCCCUUCGUCCUCUCCUCUCUUUCUCAAUUUUCGGCCGUUCUUCCGCGGGCGGGAGCAGUAGCACUCCCAGCAACAACCAAAAACGAUCUCGGAGCGGACAUCACCAACUAGACUCAGGCGUCAAAAUGGACACACUUCCGCGAAUGAACUCCGUUGAUGGGGAUGUGUAUGGGGACGGGGGAAGCGAGAGGCAUAUUCUGAAGCGGACAGAUGUGGCAGUCACAUCGAAUGCGCGAUCCACUAUAUCAGGUGCCUGGGAGAGAAGCCAGGUGUUGGGAUUUAAGCCUCAACCCUAG